AUGAUGCGUGUUGUAGUAAAAAACCAAGUUUUUGAAGUGUCCCCACGUUACACUGAUCUCAAUUACAUUGGGGAAGGUGCAUAUGGAAUGGUGGUUGGUGCAUAUGAUACAGUGAAGGGUGAAAAAGUCGCCAUUAAGAAGACCUCACCGUUCGAACAUCAGACCUUUUGUCAGCGAACGUAUCGGGAGUUGAAAAUUCUUUUGGGAUUCUCUCAUGAAAAUAUAAUUGAUAUCAAAAAUAUCCUACUGGUUGGAAAUACGUUAGAAGAUAUGAAAGAUGUUUAUAUCAUUCAAACUUUAAUGGAUACUGAUCUGUACAAGUUGUUGAAAACACAAGAAUUAUCAGGAGAGCAUACUUGUUAUUUUUUGUAUCAAGUACUUCGAGGUCUUAAGUAUAUCCAUUCUGCGAAUGUUUUACAUCGUGAUUUAAAGCCCUCCAAUCUCCUGUUAAAUGCUAGCUGUGAUUUAAAGAUCUGUGAUUUUGGAUUAGCACGAGUCAAUGAUCCUGAACAUGAUCAUAUGGGUAUGCUAACAGAGUAUGUUGCAACCCGAUGGUACAGAGCGCCAGAAAUUAUGCUCAGUUCAAAAAGUUAUACAAAAGCAAUUGAUAUAUGGUCUGUGGGAUGUAUUUUUGGCGAGAUGUUAAAUCGUCGACCAUUAUUCCCAGGAAAACAUUAUGUUGAACAGUUAACCCUUAUCCUCGGAGUCUUAGGAUCACCGAGUAAAGAGGAUCAAGUAUGGAUUGUAAAUGACAAGGCUCGAAGUUUUGUUGAAAAGUUUAAAAAUAAUCCUAGAAAAGCGUGGAAAGAUUUAUAUCCUAAAGCUGAUGCUAAAACAAUCGAUCUACUGGAUCGCUUACUCACAUUCAAUCCAACAACACGUAUUUCUGUCGAAGAAGCAUUAGCUCAUCCUUAUUUUGAGCAUUAUUAUGAUCCAAGUGAUGAGCCUGUCGCUAAAAAACCUUUCAGUUUUGAAGAAGAAUUAGACAAUCUGCCAGUUAGACAGUUGAAGAAAAAAAUAUUCCAAGAAGUCAGCCAAUUUCGUGAACCAGAUUGA